UUUACUUGGAAGACUUAAAAGGCACGUUUCUGUAGCGUUUCCUCCGUUUCGCAUCCAAAGGAACUUACUUCAACAUCUGCGACUGUCAUUUAGAUCGCCACCAUGGGUGAUGUGAUUUCUACCAACCUGGACGAAGGCAAGCGGGAGAUGAUUGCAGCCCGCACCAGCAUCGUGAUGGCAGAGUUUGGGAGGUUUUAUGAGCAGCAGUAUGCUGUGGCUUUGUUCAACAGCGUACGCUAUGAGAUCGAAGGAGGAGGGAAUACCCAGACACAGCUGUUACAUAGAAAGGACCCUCUGAAGAACAAGUCCAUCUUCUCCGGAAGUUUGUUUCAGUAUCUGGAAGAGAGCAAGAAAUGGAGAAGCCGAUUUUUGUAUGUGGGCGACUCCUACAACAUCAGCUUGUAUGAAAGCAAAGCGGCACAUGAUCGAGGUCUUCACUCCAAAGGGGUCAUUAACUGUGCCGGGUACAGAGCCCUGACCUCCAUGGAGGAAUACCUGGGGCUUCUCAACAAUAGUCUGAGUGAUACAAAGGCCAAAGCUGCCAGUGCCCCAUUUCUAAAAUGUCCCACGCAGUUUCCUCUCAUCCUGUGGCAUCCAUACGCCCGCCAUCACUACUUCUGUGUCAUGACAGAGAAAGAACAGAAGAAGUGGCAUGCCGUCUUCCAGGACUGUGUGAGACACAGCAACAACGGACUGUCGGAAGAGUGCAAGGUAGCGACACCAGCUUUCACAGACGCCCUGCGGCUCUACAGGCAGGACAAGGGUCACUACGGCACCUGGGACAUGAUGUGUGGAAACCAAGCACAGAUUCUUGCUAACCUGGUGAUGGAGACUUUGCACCCUGAACUGAAGAAUCUGAUCGUACCUCGGCUGAAAGGAAAACUACAACAGAGACAGAGGGACUGGAUGCUGAUCUCAGAUGCAGUAUACAGACAGGUGCUGUCACAGACAAAAACUCAACACGAAGCUCUGGCUCAAGUAUGUGAGGUGGAACGUCCCCGUCUGGACUCUGCUUUGCGCACAGAUAUGGAUCAGAUCAUCACGUCCAAAGAACACAUUUCUGGAAAGAUCCGUGCAUUGGUGUUGCCCCGUGUCGAACAGCUUGUGAGAAGCAAGGUUCAGCCCUACAUCCACUCCAUCCUGGAGGCCCUCAUGGAGCCUACCAGCAGAGGAUUCUCUGAAGUGAGAGACAUCCUCUUCCGUGAGCUGGUGGAGGUUAGCAAAAACACGAUGAACGAUAGCAGCAGUGAGAAACUGGGAGAGCAUAUGGACAAGAUUUCGAUGUUGGCCUUCCAUCCGGUGAAGAUGCAGAGCUGUUAUGAGAAGAUGGAGGCAUUGAACCUCGAAGGCCUCCAGCAGAGAUGUGAUGUGUCCAGUCCCUCCGUGUUCAUCCAGAGAGCUCAGAUCCUCAUGAGACAGCAAAUGGACAACGCAGUGCACACGUUUGAGCAGCUGGUCCAUCAGAGUCUAGACGGCCACAGUGGAGAGGAUCUCUGCAAGACCAUCCAGCGCUGUCAGGACAGAGUGCUCAAAAAAUAUGAUUACGACAGCAGCACAGUGAGGAAGAAGUUCUUCAGAGAGGCUUUGCUUCAGAUCAUCAUACCGUACAUGCUGAAACAGCUCGCUCCAUCCUGUUCACCGGACCUACCCAAGUUCAAGGAGCUCAUCUUUGAGGACUUCUCUAGGUUCAUACUAGUAGAGAACAUCUUUGAGGAAGUGGUCCUGCAGUCAGUCAGCAAGGACAUCAUGAUGGCUGUGAAGGAAGCUGCGGUCCAGCGAAGGCACAACCUGUACAGAGACAGCAUGGUCCUGACCAACAGCGACCCCAACCUGCAUCUUCUGGGAGAGGACACCAUUGACUGGGCUGGCCAGUUUGGAGGAGGAAAAGGAGAGAGGCAAAGUGGAGAAGUGACCAACAGGAAACGCAAACAGAUUGUCUCCAUGAUCCACUUGGAUGGGAUGCCUCUGCCGUACGAGUCCUGCCAGGAAGUACCAGGAGUGGACGGCAUCCCAGAGGAGAAUGAAGGGCAGACAGAACAAGAUCUUCAAACAGAAAAGCCUGUGAACCCGAUCCAGCACGUACCCAUCAAGGAAGAACCAGGUUCUCCUGACAGUAUCAAUGAGAUCCGAGACCUCAUAAACCCUGUGCUGGAAGUUGUCGAACAAGAUGGCUCACAGUUGACCAAUGGGAUGUUGCCUUUGGAAGAAGGUGAUGAGGUAAAGCACAUCACAAUGGUAACGGAGAUCGUGCCAAGGGAGUCACCAAAAAAGAAUGACCUAGAUUCGGAUACUGCCCAGAUUGAACAGUCUUCAGAAGAGGAGCAGUGCGUAUCGGCCAUUGAAAGCGCCAUUCAACAGAUCGAGAUCGCCAUCCAGGAAGACCCCAGCGAGAACCUGAGCGAAGGCGCCAUCGACUCGGAUGGAGAAUUCGUUCAAACAUCUCCCAACUCCAGCCCUCUUCAUCACGAUGACAGUGGCUUUCAGUCCCCAGCCAAUGAGAAUGUAGAAGAAGUGGAGCCUCAGCCAAUCACAGAUGAAGUGGUGGACACAGAGCAAGUGAUGUUAACUCUGGUGGAGGAAGUGAAGAGUAGCAUCGAUUUAGACGCAAAGGCUCCUUGUGAUGCUUCGGAAAAGAAAUUGGAAGUCCAAAGAGAAAGUUGAAAGUGAGAGAUAAAACAUUUUACAAACUGAAAGUGUUUGCUGACACUCUUUUUCUUUUGCUUUUCAUUCAGCAACACUUCAUGGUUGAUUUAUUUCAGCCAAUUUGUUGUUAAUUUAAUUUUAUUUGAAUUUGGUUUUAUUUUUUGUUUUUCCCGUUCUUUUAUUUUAUGUAACUCAUGACUCCCACGCUAAUUACAAUGUGGCAGAGGUUUCAUAAACUGUCAUUAUCUUGUUAGACUGCGGUUUGGUUGAAGGUGGUGUAAACCGGCAUGCUUUUACCUCUUGACAUCAGUUGAGGAGGUUAGUAUUAUAACUAAAUCAAAUCUAUGGACUUCACCUGAAUGUAUUUAUAUGUACAGUGAGGUGGACUGGCGCGUUACAAUUGAUCUUUAAAGUACAGUGAUAUUUCAUAAGGGCCAACUGAAACAUUCAUCUUUUUUUUGCCUUCCGUUACUUGUGGAAUAUAUUUAAACACUAAUUGCACAUGUAUUCUUGCAGCUUCAUUAAGCACUUAAACAAUACUACAGAAACGUAAAUUAAAGCUUGCUUUUUAAUGCUUGUAGCCUUUGUGGUUUUAAAGUGAGCUAUUUCCUAUAAAAUGCAUCUCUGUGUAAAAAUGUGUCCUGUGACCCAGAUUCACAUCCUCCACCUAUUUACGUGCAUUAAGAUGGAAACCUCAUUACAGAUUGAGCUUCACGGCCAAGGUUUAAAGUAAGGUGUAUAAAAAUCCUCAGAAUCAGUUUGUAUUUUAGUUUAGUAGCUUUGUGGAUAAUUUGAGGAAUUCCGAGACCCCAUACAGGACUGGAGGGCAAAGGUUUUCUCUGGCAUGCAGCUGUGGGAUUUUUUUUUUUUUUUUUACUAAACUGUUAAUUCAUUACUGGAUAUAUUUAUGUUUUACCGUUUUCUGCUCGUGUAUCUAACAUUUUAGCUCCACACAUAUUUCACUGGUUAUUUAUUUUUAAAGUGUUGUGAUUAUUUUCUGCAUCUUCUGUUCCUUUUGCAAGGCAGCGAUGGAUAAAUAAAUGACUAUUAUUUUGAAA